AUGAUCAUACCUGUGCACUGCUUCACGUGUAGCAGGAUCGUCAGCAACAAGUGGGCGGCCUGCCUGGGGCUGCUGCAAGCCGAGUACACCCAGGAAGACUCCCUGCAGUGCUGCGUGCCGCUGGCCCACACGGACCUGACCAAGAAGCUGCUCAAUUAUGCACCCCUGCAAAAGUGA